AUGUUGACGUCCGUUGCUCGUUCGUGCGUGCGAAACGGGAGGAAAGUCUCGGUCUCUGUAGCAAAGUUAUCCCUGUUUUCAACGGUUAAGAACUCGACCAGAACCCUGAAUCUGGCAGGGGGACACGAUUUGUCACGACACCGGUCACCAGGGCUCCUCGCACCGACACCCUGGCAGCUGCUAUCCGCCAGAUCUGUGUCCCUAUCCGCCGCUUCCCAUGGGGGUACAGACCCUCUGGCCUCCCCUUCAGCCCCAGCCGAGAGCGACCCACCAGACCGGGAGAGCUUCGGCUCCCUUUCCACCGACAUGUCGUCCAGGAGGUCUUUUAGAAAAACAAGCCCAUACAUCCAGGAUCUGCGGCACCGUGAGGAGGUGGACGAGGAUGAAGACCCGGUGAAACCUCGCAGGAGGCCCGGGAGAACAAACACACCGUAUUGGUACUUCUUACAGUGCAAAAAGCUGAUCAAAGACAACAAGCUGCAGGAGGCUUUGGAUGUGUUCAGCCGAGACAUGCUGCAGGGAGAGAGGCUGCGGCCGGAGGAGUGCAACUACACUAUCCUGAUAGGAGGCUGUGGUCGAGCUGGACAACUCAAAAAGGCCUUCAGACUCUACAAUGAUAUGAAAAAGCGAGGUCUAGAGCCGGCAGAUGCCACCUACACCGCUCUGUUCAAUGCCUGUGCGGAGUCGCCAUCCAAACAAGCCGGUCUCCAGCAAGCGUUGAAGUUGGAGCAAGAACUCCGUCGUAAAAACUACCCCCUCAGCACCAUCACGUACCACGCCCUUCUCAAGACACACGCCAUGACCAACCACCUUCAAGCCUGUAUUCACACGCUCAGGGAGAUGCUGCAGAACGGCCAUGCUGUAACUCAGGAGACGUUUCACUAUCUGCUGAUGGGCUGUUUGAAGGACAAACAAACUGGAUUCAGACUGGCUCUACAGGUUUGGCGCCAAAUGCUGAGGUCAGGGAUUCAUCCAGACUUAAAGAACUACAACCUUCUCUUGCGAACCGCUAGGGAUUGUGGGAUUGGCGAUCCUGUCCUGGCCACUGACUUGCUGCUGAGGCCUGACCGGAAGUACGAGAAGGAACGUGCGUCACACGAAAAAUCAGAGUCUGGACACAGGGAUCUAAUAGAAAUUGACGUCCUGGAGAGGCAACUGUUUAUCCAACCUGAUCCACACAGUGACAGUCAGCAGGACAGCAGAGGCAGAGAGGAAGAGACCCACAGCAGACAAGACUCAACCCAUUUGGUAGCAGUCAGACAAAGAGAAACUGUUUUGUUGCCUUCAGAUUUAGCUGGUGAUUCUACAGCCCCUAACUUACUGGACCUUUUUGAGUGUAAGAGUGGUAGUGUGGUCUCCCUUGGCACCGUGGAUGGAGCAUCAGAUAGGCUCGCCCUCAUCGGAGGAGCUCAAGGUUUCCUGGAGAAGAUGGCAGCUGACCGACUUAGUCCAGACCUCAGAACUCUGACUCUGAUGGCCGACACGAUGGAGCCGGGGUCCACGUCUCUGCAGAUGCUGCUGAAGGUUGCAAAGCAGCAUAAAGUGAAGCUUGACGUUGCGUUCUUUAACUCUGUGAUGCGCAGAGCAGCCAAAGCUGGUGACCUGGAGGAGGCAAAGGCUGUGUUGAGUGUGAUGCGACAGCGCAACGUAAACGUGGAUGUGCAGACAUUUGGAAGCCUCGCAUUAGGCUGUGAGCGACAGCAGGACGGGCUGCAGCUGCUGAAGGACAUGGAGGAGGCGGGACUAAGGCCUAACGUCCAUGUGUUUUCUGCUCUAAUUGGCCGAGCAGCUCGAAGACUGGAUUUCGUCUACCUUAAAAUAAUGCUCAAAAGCAUGAGCAGCAUGGGGGUGUGGCCUAAUGAGGUCAUCAUCAGGCAGCUGGAGUUUGCCUCACAAUAUCCUCCCAACUAUAACCAGUACAAGUCCAGAAACAACUACCUGGUCCAAAUCGAUGGUUUCCGUGGUUACUACCAGCAGUGGCUGAGAGACAUGCCUGCUCAGAGCGCUGAGGACGAGCAGGCAGAGCUGCAGUCUAAGACGGACACUGAAGUGCUGAAAACAGAAGCAGCAGAUGGACUGACAGAGACCCAAAGAAACCAGAGAGCAGCAGCAAGGAGAUAUCAUUCUCGUAACAAGGACAAGGCGAGCACCGCUGCUCUGUAACAGCACUCCAGAAAGUAGCUUUCAUUUCUCUCCUUGAUCCUCUGUUGGUCUGUUUGCGUUCAGCCGUGUAACCCUGGAUGGACUCUGGGUCAAAGGAGCUCAUGGACCUUCAGUCAGUUAACUUAUUGCAGAUGCAUUUUUCUACAAAAAUCAAUGUUAUUGUAAAAUUUAUUGCAAUUAAAGUAAAAUUCAAGUACAUGAUGGUUGAUGAAUUCAACCUCA